CCCAGAAAUCUAAGGCGUCCCCACCUCGGCUCCCUCCCCAGAGCCUGUACCCCAAGAGUCGCGCCUGGGACCCGGUUCCUCCGUCCAGCCUGAUCCCUCCGGGCGGCAUGAGCUCCAGGGCGCGGCUCCUGCGACUUUGCACUUGGCUACUGGCGCUUGGCCCCGGGCUCCUGGCGACCGUGCGGGCAGAAUGCAGCCAGGACUGCGCGACGUGCAGCUACCGCCUGGUGCGCCCAGCGGACAUCAACUUCCUGGCUUGCACACUGGAAUGUGAAGGAAAACUGCCUUCUCUCAAAAUCUGGGAAACCUGCAAGGAGCUCCUGCAGCUGUCCAAACCCGAGCUUCCUCAAGAUGGCCUGAACACCCUCAGGGAAAGCGGCAAACAGGAGGAGGGCCACUUACUAGCCAAAAAGUAUGGGGGCUUCAUGAAAAGGUAUGGAGGCUUCAUGAAGAAAAUGGAUGAGCUUUAUCCUGGCGAGCCAGAAGAAGAGGCCAAUGGAGGUGAAAUCCUUGCCAAGCGAUACGGGGGCUUCAUGAAGAAGGAUGCAGGGCAAGACGACUCCCUGGCCAACUCCUCCGACCUGCUGAAAGAGCUGCUGGGAACAGGCGAUAACCAGGAGAGCAGCCACCACCAGGAGGGCAGUGACAACGACGAAGAAAUGAGCAAGAGAUACGGGGGCUUCAUGAGAGGCUUAAAGAGAAGUCCCCAGCUGGACGACGAAGCCAAAGAGUUGCAGAAGCGAUAUGGUGGCUUCAUGAGAAGAGUGGGUCGCCCAGAGUGGUGGAUGGACUACCAGAAGAGGUACGGGGGCUUCCUGAAGCGCUUUGCCGAGGCCCUGCCCUCUGAUGAAGAAGGUGAAAGUUACUCCAAAGAAGUCCCCGAAAUGGAGAAAAGAUAUGGAGGAUUUAUGAGAUUUUGAUGCCCUUCCCCGUCGAUGACCCCAGGCCCCAACAAGCCUCCCUCUGGCCUGCUCAGUGGGAAACUGCCCCGUUGGUGGUGGUGUCCUGUCCUGUGUUGCCUGCACUGUGUAGCUUCUUCGCGGUCUGCGUAGCUGUCCAACUUGAAAGCCAUUGUUUCAGGGUCUCCGUUCUUUUUAGUUCUUAUUAAGCUCAGAGGUCUAUUGCAGCCAUCUCAUUAUUAUGCUAAAAUUGUUGUUACCUUGUCCUUUAUUUUUGACGAAACCUAAGUAGUAACUGCUUACGUGUAUAUAAAUAUAAUAAACCCAUUAUCCCCAGUGCAUUAUA